CUCUCUCUCUCUCUCUCUCUCUAACCAAACAAGAUAGACAAGAAAAGCUUGAUUUUUUUUUUUGGUUGGGUUUUUUUUUCUGUCUUGUUAAGUUAUGCAUUUUUUUGGGUUGUUAAUCUCAUUUUAACAUCUGGGUUGUUCCAGUUUAAGCAUUUCAUGUUCUGUCGAGUGCUUGUAAGAUAACCCCAUUUGGUUGCCACUUGAGACUGUGGAAACUGCCUUCUUUUUGUACUUUUAGUUGCAUUCUGAUAAAAAAUGUUGAUCUUUUUGAAUGAUUUUUAUAGUUGUUUCAUGAAUAUGUGAUGACUAUUGGUAGUUCGAUCAUGGAAAGUGUACAUAAGUCUAGCUCGGAAUGUUACCACUUUCUAAGUAAAUUUUUCGUUUUCGUGGUGUUAAUGAAGGAAUAUGCGUUAGUUAUGAGGAAAUUCGCAUAUUUAGCUCCUUAAGAGCCUAAUUCAUUGCUUUACCAGAUAAUCUUCCAUCAGCAGAAAUUACAAGUAUGAAAGGAAAUUUUUAUGUAAUUAUAGAUAGGUCAUUUAACACAAUGUUUCAUUGAUUUGUCUGAAGAUUUUUUAUGACUUCUUGGUUGAGAAAUUUAUUUCAUUCUUUUUUGUGUUUGUAGGUGUUAGGCUGGUGCCUCUUUCUUUUCAUUGGAAGUGAAAAGUUUGCUAGGUUUAUUGUCAAGGAUUUGAUUAUCUACAUGAAGAGUAGAAGGAUGAGUCAUGACAAUUUCGUUCAUACUGCAUUGAGUUGUGAUGACAUCAUGUGCAAUAUCCUCCUGCGGUUACCACCAGAAUCUAUUUCCAAGCUCAUUAUUGUAUCAAAGAGGUGGCUUCACUUGAUAUGCAGCUCUUCUUUUCAUCACAGUUACUUGAGUCGAUGGAAAGUGGGUUUUAACCUAUUAGGAUUUUUCGUUUGCAAUUCCUUGUACCUUGGAAGACCUCAAGGUGGUGCUCGUCGCCCUCAUUCAGAACCUGCUCUUCCAUUGCUGUCUACUAGUAGAGAGGGUGAUGAUAUAAAGUUUUCUGGGAUCCUCAAACAGCUUGGUUACUUCAUUGACUCUUCCAAUGGCCUUCUUCUUUGUGGUCGCCACCCAAAGGCCUAUUAUGUAUGGGAUCCUGUCACCAAGCAACAAAAUAAAUUACCUCGUCCUCGGGUGUACUUUGAGGAGUUGUGCAUGGCCUUAAUUGUUGAAGACUCCCCCGACAAUGAUAUCUGCUACAGGGUUAUUCGAGCAAAAUGUGAAAGCAGAUUUGAUGAAAUCAACAUUGUUACUAUUGAAACUUUCUCAUCAAAGACCAGUACAUGGAGUUAUUCCAAGCUUACAUGUUCUUCAACUAUAUCCCUAUCUCCUUGGACUUCGGCUACUGUGAUUGGAGGCGUCAUCCAUUGGUAUGCAGCCCAGGGGAAUGUAGCCAUUUAUGACCCAGAUCAUGAAGAGAAGCGUAUUGCUUUGGUUAAACUCCCAGGGACAUAUGAUUUUGAUGAGCAAGUUCUUGGGGAGUCGUCAGAUGGGUGUCUACAGUAUGGUUGGAGCUGUAAAGCAGGCCUGGAGAUAUGGGUUCUUGAAAAGGAUGUAGGUGGUUAUACAUCCUUAUUCUCAAGUAACAAACAGUCAAAUGUUAAUUGGACCAAGAGAUAUAAGUUGAAUUUCAAAAUAAUGUGGAAGAAGAAUCCAACAGUUGCAACAAAACUUAUUACAAGGUCCAAAGAAACUGAAAUAUUGUCGUUUCUUCCUCAAAAUUCAGAAUCAGUCUUCAUUAGAUCUGGAUCAAACAUAUUUCUCUAUCACUUCAAGACUGAAAGGGUGGAAGUGGUUCAGUACCAAGGUCGUGGAUCUUCUAUCUUAUGGGAUUUUUCCAAAGUAGUACCCUACUUUAAACGAGCUUGGCCCCAUUCUGCCUUGUGUGGCAUUGGAAACAGCAGAACAUGAAUUGUACGCUAUGUGCUCUAUCCAUUGAAGUUUGGAACUAUUUGUUACGUGAUAUUUUGCAGGCACCCUUUUUUGUAGUUGACCUAUGGGAUUCAAAGGUGACGUGUAGUUAGAUUAUACCAGGAUAAUUCUCUUUUUUUUUACUGUUCAUGAUGUAUAUAUUUGAUCAAUUGAGUGGCAGUGUUUAACCUUUUACUUGUAUCUGGAAGCCAUAUGACAGCAUAGGUUGAGAACAGCUCUGUCUUCCAUGCCUCUGUCUAUCUAUGGCUUUGUGUCUCCUCUGGAUAAAACUCUGUUCCUAGUAGUUUUUA